CAUAUCUCCACUCCGACUUUGCUUUUAAAAAAACUUUAUUACCUAUCUUAGCAGCGCCUUGCAAGUCCAUCCAUCGGCCUUUCUCAGCAUUGCGUUUCUGCAUUGUGGGUUGAGCAUUAGGACGUCUUCAUCUGUAAAAGUAUGCUGUGAACAAUCCGGGGUGAAGAGAAGGAAAUUGGUCGCUAGCGAGGAAGCCUAAGAGACCUUUUUCGGAAGCUAAGGAGCGCAAGGAGGCCAACAGGCCGGAAAGCCAUUAUGUUUGCUGCCUGCAAAGCGGCUUUCAGUGGUCUGGGCCAGGCGGGCGGAUCUAGCCGCCUUUCCAGCGGCAGCGGCCCCGGCAGCAGCAGCUCUGGCCCCUGCCCCACUGACAAGCAACUGGAGGCCUUUGCAAAGGCGCUGACAGAGCCCGACCCAGACCAGAUCUCCUCUCUUGUCUCCCAGUGCCGUCAGCUGCUGCUCCUGCCGCUCAAGUGCCACCCCGCCCGCAGCACCGCCUGGCACCUGGCAGCAGCUGCCCCCCCCGCGUCAUGCAGGGAGGGGGCGGCGGGGGCGGGCGCGGGGCUGCUGCGGCUGCUGCUGCGGCUGUACAGGCAGCAGGGGCAGGAGGAGGCGGGUGGAGGCAUCAUGGGGGUGGCGGUGGUAGGGCCGCCCGGGGGCCUGGCGGAGGUGCUGAGUAUGACGAACAAGAGGGGCCACACCUGCCUCCACACCGCCGCAGCUCGGGGUAAUGCCGAGGCCGUACGGCUGAUCCUGCAACAGUACGACAACAACCCCAGCACUAACCGCAGCAGCAGCAUCAGCAGUAGCAGCCCCUGCCGUACGGCAACAACAACCCCAAUCGCCGCGGAGUUGCUACGGCCCGACAAGGUGGGUCGUACGGCAC